CGGGAUAUAUUUUAUGUAUCCAUCUUUGAAAACGGUUGCUCAUUUCCCUUUGUCCGUUGUUUCCCAAGGAUCAUGCUGGUGUCACUCCUCUCCUCCUCUUCUUCUUCUUCUUCUCUCAUUCUCUGCGCAUCACCUCCAAAACUUGGAUAUUUCAAUACAAGGAAUCCAGCGUUAUCCAGAACCGGGCCGUGUUAUGCAACUGUAGACAAAACGCCGAGAAGAGUGACUUUCAUGAGCAACAGCAAUAAUGGCAGCAGAAACGCGGUUGUUCCGCUCGGGGAAAAAAGGCUUUAUCUAGGGAUGGAUUUUGGUACAUCUGGAGCUAGGUUCGCUAUCAUUGACAAGGAGGGUGCAGUUCAUGCUGAGGGGAAAAGAGAAUAUCCGUGUAUUAUGGGGGAAGAAAAAGUGUAUUGGGCAGGGUCAUGGAAAAUGACACUUUUUGCGUUGCUACAAGACAUUCCAAUUAAACUUCGCCCAUUUAUUGCUUCCAUUUCUAUUGAUGGAACUUCUGCAACUACUCUCAUUGUAGACAGAAAUACGGGAGAACCUUUAUCAAGGCCUUUCCUCUACAAUGAGAGCUGUCCUGAUGCUUUACCAGAGGUGAAGUCCAUAGCUCCGGCGAACCAUACUGUCUGUUCUGGUUCCUCUACCCUUUGCAAGCUUGUUUCAUGGUGGAGCAUUGACAACGCAAACAAAGAAUCUGCAGUCUUAUUGCAUCAGGCAGAUUGGUUGUUGUGGUUUCUUCAUGGAAAGCUUGGAAUUUCAGAUUACAAUAAUGCAUUGAAGGUUGGUUAUGAUCCUGAAUCUGAUGCAUAUCCAUCUUGGCUACUUUCUCAGCCUUAUUCUCGACUAUUACCUUCUGUUAAGGCACCUGGAACUUCAAUUGGCUUUUUAAAGGAGGAUCUUAGAAAGCAAUAUGGAUUUCCUGAUGAUUGUACUAUUUGUACUGGAACCACAGAUAGUAUUGCUGCCUUUCUUGCAGCCCGUGCAAUGGAACCUGGAAAGGCGGUAACUUCUUUGGGUUCAACGCUUGCUAUUAAACUACUGAGCUCCACUAGGGUUGAUGAUGCAAGAUUUGGAGUUUAUAGUCACCGUCUUGAUGAUAUGUGGCUCGUUGGGGGUGCUUCAAAUACUGGCGGAGCUGUUCUUAGACAAUAUUUCACAGACAAGCAAUUGGAGGAAUUGAGUGAACAGAUUAACCCCAUGGAAGCCUCUCCUCUGGAUUACUACCCUCUGCAGGCAGUUGGUGAGAGAUUUCCUGUUGCAGAUCCAAAAAUGGCUCCUAGGUUACAUCCACGUCCAGAAAGUGAUGCAGAGUAUUUGCAUGGCAUAUUAGAAUCAAUUGCACGGAUUGAGGCCAAAGGUUAUAGCUUGUUAAGGGAUCUGGGAGCAACUCAAGUUGAUGAGGUGUUUACUGCUGGAGGAGGUGCCAAAAAUGAUAAAUGGAUGAAGAUUAGAGAAAGGUUACUUGGCUUGCCAGUGACUCGGGCAAUUCACACAGAGGCUGCCUAUGGAGCUGCUUUAUUGGCCUUGAAGGGUGCACUAGAGAACAGCCGGGCUGGUGCUUGGUAGAUUGAAUUUACAUGAGAUGGUAUCUGAUUCUUAACAGAAAAAUUAUAAAUAGGCUUAUUUUCUAUUCUGUCAAUGUAUAAGCAACACUGCUCCAAUCUGGUCAAUCUAAAUUCUCUCACAUUUCAAGGGCA